AUGCGAAAAAAGGUUCUUUACACAGAGCAAAAAACAAAGAAAGUUAAAAUAUGGCUAGAUGGAUAUUUAGUUCCACGUACAACACUAAAUUCGGCACGUUUGAUAUCUGCUGGCAAACAUGAACUUGAUGUUGUUUUUUAUUCAAGUAUUGAAGAUAUUAAACCUGGAAGAGAAUUUGAAACAGAUCGAUAUUUAAUUAGUAUUGAAGAAAAUAAUGAUGAUACUCAACAUUGUCCUAGACCGAGCUUUGCUGUCAACGAUCCAACGAUGAGAAAUAAACCAAAAUCAGCAGCAUUUGUACCACCACGUUUAGUACCUAGAUCAGAACCAUCGCCACCAGCACCAAUGGUUACAUUAGAACGACAUAAUCCACAUCAAUGGGGUUAUGCUGGAAUGACGACCGCUAUGAAGCGUAGUGCUGAUGAUAAUGGUGCAGAUAAUUAUUCUAGUCAUCUGCCAAAAAUCUCAAAAUCUUCUCCUUUUAUUCCACCAACAUUUCAUAAACGUCCAAUGAAUCAAUCUGAAGAAUCUCAAGAACAGCUACUUCUACCAAUACGUUCUCUUCCCGCUCAGCAACAACAGCAACCAGGCUUACUAAACGAUGCACUUAUUUCUCGAUUAUUCAACAAUACCCGUUCUCAAGAAAUUAAAUCUUCUCCUGUUAAACAAUCUCCUCAAAUAUCUUGGACAACUUGGGACGAUAAAAAAUCAGAUGACGAAGAUUCUGAUCCAACACCAAUUUAUCAUGAUGAGAAUAUUCUUCAGCAGCCACUACCUACAAAACAACCUCGUAAUUGGCAUAGUUUAGUCAAAUCAGCAGCUCAACAACAAUCAUCAAAUAAUGCAACAAAAACUUCAGAAGUAAUGCCAAAAUUUGAUUUUGGCGAUAGCUCUUUCGAUGCAAUGUUUGAUGAUUUAGACGAAUAG